AUGGAAGCGUAUGACCAUUCGGUUCUAGACCAGAGUGCUGCGGAUAUCGUAGACACGGCCAAGCGGACAGGGUCGGAAGUUCACGGUCCCAUCCCGUUGCCGACGCGAAUCGAGCGGUACACGGUGUUGUCGGGUCCUCAUGUUGAUAAGAAGGCUCGUCAGCAAUUUGAGAUUCGUACGCACAAGCGGUUGAUCGACAUUGUUCAGUCGACGGCCAAGACGAUUGAAGCGCUUAACAAACUGAGUUUGCCGGCAGGUGUCGACAUCAAGAUUAAGGUAAUCCCCGUAACGGUCAUCGAGGCCGGCCCCUGUCGCGUUCUGCAGCUUCGCACCGUUGAUCGUGACGGGUACGAGGCUGUUCAGAUGGGCUUUCUUGAUAAGCCUCGGCGACUCGCCGCUCGCAGUGAUCGAGGUCAUGUGGCCAAAUUGGAUAGCCGCCGUUCGAAGCGGCGUGCUGCUGCUGGGGUUGAGCUGGCUGAAAAGCCCGAUUGCGAGCCCCAGCGAUUCAUUCGCGAAUUCCGCGGGUCGACCGAAGGUUUUGAGCUCGGUCAGGAAAUCAAGGUCGAUGCUUUCGCCGAAGUGGCGUCCGUCGACAUCACGGGUACUUCCAAGGGUCGUGGUACUGCCGGUGUGAUGAAGCGUCACAACUAUUCUGGUCAGCGUGCCACGCACGGUGUGAAGAAGGUUCACCGUCACUGUGGUUCGAUUGGAAAUAGUGCUUAUCCCUCGCGCGUCAUUAAAGGGCGACGCAUGGCGGGGCGGUACGGCGGUCAAAAGAACACCGUGCGGAACAUUAAGCUCGUGAAGGUUGAUGCUGAAAACAAUCUGCUUUUGGUUCGCGGAGCAAUCCCGGGGCCCAAUGGCGGAUAUGUGACGAUCAGCGAGACGAACAAACUGUAG